AAUUUGUGCUUAAAAUGUUGGCCAUUGUGGCAGUUCAAGAAACGAAUCAAGAUGGUGAUAAGGUUGGCAGUUUGUUUUGGAUGUGUUUGCAGUCAGUGAAUUUGAAAAGAAAUGAUUCAGUAAUUUCUUUAAAAUUUGAUUGUACGUUAGUCUAGUUGGAGAGUGAAGUUACUAAUUGGGGUUUUUCAAGAUUGUACGGGGCUUAUUAGGAUAGAAAUCUGGACUAUUUUUACUUCAAUUAAAAGUAGGCGUUCAACUGUUACACUUAGAUUAAAUAUAUAUCCUAAAAUUUUUAAACCAAACCUUUUGGAUUGCUCGACUAUGUCGGGUGAUCAUAAAACUGUAAUUAAGGGCAAUCCUUCCCAAUAUGUUAAACUCAAUAUUGGUGGGUCGUUGCAUUAUACCACCAUUGGAACCUUAACCAAACAUGACACAAUGCUUAGAGCUAUGUUUAGUGGCCGUAUGGAAGUAUUAACAGAUUCUGAGGGUUGGAUUCUUAUUGACAGGUGUGGGAAGCACUUUGGUACAAUAUUGAAUUUUCUACGAGACGGGUGUGUUCCUCUACCAGAAAGUUGUAAGCAAAUGGCAGAAUUGUUAGCAGAGGCAAAAUAUUAUUGCAUUUCCGAGCUGGCAGAAUCUUGUGAACAGGCACUUCUUAAAAAGGAACGUGAUGCAGAACCAAUUUGUAGGGUUCCGCUCAUUACGUCUCAGAAGGAGGAGCAGCUGUUGAUUAGCUCAACAAGCAAGCCUGUUGUGAAACUGCUUAUAAACAGACACAACAACAAAUAUUCUUACACUGGCACAUCUGAUGACAACUUACUGAAGAACAUUGAGCUGUUCGACAAGCUGUCCCUGCGGUUCAGUGGUCGAGUUCUUUUCAUCAAGGAUGUUAUUGGAUCAAGUGAAAUUUGUUGUUGGAGUUUCUAUGGUCAUGGCAAGAAGGUAGCCGAAGUCUGCUGCACUUCCAUCGUGUAUGCCACAGACAAGAAACAUACAAAGGUUGAAUUUCCAGAAGCUAGAAUUUAUGAAGAGACGCUCAACAUUCUUCUGUACGAGAACAGGACAGGCCCUGACCAAGAACUGAUGCAGGCAACAUCUUCCAGAGGAGCGGUUACAGGAAUGUCGUCGUACACAAGCGACGAAGAGGAGGAACGCUCAGGCUUAGCACGACUUCGGUCUAAUAAGCAGAACAACACGUAGACAUUCAAGCAAUAUUUGUUUUGAUGUGUAACAUUUUCCUUAUCUGGUCUGUGUCUCAAAUCUCCUAAACCUCAUCAUGUGUACUUUUUAAAUUUAUGUUGAAAUAUGUUUUUAUUUAUAUCUUAUUACGUGAGCAAAUGUGUUAGGGGUGUGUCUGUGUCACAUGUAUGAACAGACUGAUAUGUCACUUGAAGGGAUGUAAGUAGCUGCGUGUAAGGAAAAUUUACGACUAAUAAUUUACUGUAAAUUGUAUUAAUAAAAUCGUAAUAUGAUAUG